UAACCCAGUUAGUUAUCAUGCUAAGUCAAGGAGAAGAAACGGAGGGAGUAACAGUGACAUGGGAGAAUUUGUGGGUGACUGUUCCAAACGGAAAGAAUACACUACCAAUUCUGCAGGGCCUUACAGGCUAUGCACAACCGGGGAGGCUUUUGGCUAUAAUGGGACCUUCAGGCUGUGGCAAAACCACACUUCUUGAUGCCUUAUCAGGAAGAUUGAGCUCAAACAUAAAGCAGAAAGGGAAUAUUCUAAUAAAUGGCCAUAAACAAGAACUGGCUUAUGGAAUAUCAGGAUAUGUAACACAAGACGAUGCUUUGCUGUCAACUUUAACAGCUGGGGAAACUUUAUACUACUCAGCACAGCUUCAAUUUCCUGAUUCCAUGCCCAUAUCAGAGAAGAAGGAAAGAGCUGAUGUAACUAUCAGGGAAAUGGGUCUGCAAAACGCCAUUAACACAAGGGUUGGAGGCUGGAGUUCUAAGGGUCUCAGUGGGGGACAGAAAAGGAGACUCAGCAUUUGCAUUGAGAUCUUAACACGCCCAAGACUCCUGUUUCUUGAUGAACCAACAAGUGGACUUGAUAGUGCGGCCUCCUAUUAUGUCAUGAGAAGAAUUGCUAACCUUGUUCAGAAAGAUGGCAUUCAAAGGACUGUUGUUGCAUCAAUUCAUCAACCUAGCAGUGAAGUUUUUGAACUCUUCCAUGACCUUUGUCUUCUGUCUUCUGGUGAAAAUGUAUAUUUUGGUCCUGCUUCUGAUGCUAAUCAGUUUUUUGCUUUGAAUGGUUUUCCUUGUCCGACACUCCAUAAUCCUUCUGAUCAUUACUUAAGGGUCAUAAACAAAGAUUUUGAACAGGAAGCUGAAGAAGGCUUUGGUAGCAGAGUAACUGCAGAGAAAGCUGUUAGUAUCCUUGUGAAGUCUUAUAGCUUGUCUCAGAUUAAGAACAAAGUUUAUACAGAAGUGGCAAACAUAAAUCAACGUGAUUUUGGUGCAGUAGAAAAGAAGAGGGACCAUGCUGCGUUCCUGAUUCAGUGCCUUGUUCUUAUAAGAAGAUCUGCACUGCAUUAUUUCCGCGACUUAAGCAAUUACUGGCUGCGCCUUACUGUGUUUAUUGCUAUAGCUCUAAGCUUGGGCUCUAUCUACUAUGAUAUUGGCUUUGGUGUUGGAUCUAUUCAGGCCAGAGGAUCUCUGCUUGCUUUCUUAAGUUGUCUUUUGUCUUUCAUGACACUCGUUGGUGGAUUUGCUCCGCUACUAGAGGAAAUCAAGGUAUUUGAAAGAGAGAGAUUGAAUGGACACUAUGAUGUUACAGCAUUUCUCAUAGGGAACACAUUUUCUGCUGUUCCAUACAUGCUACUAGUAACUCUGGCUCCGGGACUAAUAUCCUAUUACCUUUGUGGACUGCAAAAAGGACCAGAACACUUGGUAUACUUUGUAUCAGUGCUAUUUGCCAUAGUUAUGUGGGUUGAGAGCCUCAUGCUUGUUGUGGGAAGUGUCUCCCCUAACUUUGUUAUAGGCAUGUUGAUUUCUGGUGGAAUUCAAGGAAUCAUGACCCUAGUUGGUGGAUUCUAUAGGUUACCAAAUGAUCUUCCAAAACCCUUAUGGAAAUACCCUCUGUAUUAUGUGUCUUUUCAAAAGUAUGGACUCCAAGGAUUAUUCAAGAAUGAAUUUCAAGGCUUAACAUUUAUGAUGGGCCAAGAUGGAGGUGCUAAGAAUAACAUAAACAUUAGUGGUGGGGAAAUUCUAAUAAAGACAUGGCACGUGGAAAUGGGACAUUCUAAGUGGGUUGAUCUUGGAAUCUUUUUUGUAAUGAUUGUUGUGUAUAGAAUGCUGUUCUUGGCAAUCACUAAGAGCAAGGUGAAGUUGAGGCCUGCAUCUAUUUGCUGCUUUCACUAGAGUACAGAGGCCUGAAUAUAUAAAUGAAUAGAGACCAUAAUUGUACCUUUAAAUUGGGGUGUAAUUCAAACACUCAAUUGAAUUUAAAGAUGAAGAAAUAGCAAAUGUAAAAAUGUAUUAACUAUGAUUGAAUCC